CAGACUCAUCCCUACGGAGCAGAGAUGUCCAGCGGAGCAUCUGUGCGGCUACAUGUGUAUGAUCUGUCCGGUGGGAUGGCCAUGGCGAUGUCUCAGUCGUUCAUCGGCAAGCGCAUUGAUGGCAUCUGGCAUACGGGUAUUGUUGUGUAUGGCAAUGAGUACUAUUACGGUGGUGGGCUGCAGGUGGCACCGGCUGGGGUCACGCCCUAUGGCAACCCGGUCAAGGUGGAGGAGUUGGGAAGGACGAGCAAGAGCAAGGCAGAGUUUGAAGCCUUUCUCGCUCAGUUGGCGCCAUCGUUUACUCCGGCAUCGUAUCAUCUCCUCGACAACAACUGCAAUCACUUUACCGAUGCCGCCUCGAGGUGGCUCACAGGAAAUCCCAUUCCGGCUUACGUCAGGGAACUCCCGUCAGAGUUCCUCUCCACUCCGCUCGGGCAGAUGAUGCGCCCGGUCAUCGACUCCAUGAUGGGUGGCAUGGGUGGCGCUCUGGGCGAGUCGGUCAACUCGGUCUCAUCGGCCGUUCCCGUCGCCUCGGCCACUGCUGACUCUGCAUCGUCGUCAGAGUCGUCCAUCGCACCCACCCCGCGCUAUCGCCUCGCUUCCGACACCUCGUUUGUCACCUUUGCCUCUUUCAACGCAGGCGGCGUGACCAAGCACAUCCGCAGCCAGCUGGAAAAGGACCAGCACGCGGCGCUGGCCGAGAUGGUCGCCGCCACUUGCGGCUCAGUCGACGCGCUCUGUGAGUGGAUCGCAGACCUAAAGGCGGAUCCCGAAGCUGCCGGCUCAGCGCAGCUCGCCGGCAGUGCCUUUGACGCUCUGCUCAAUCUCGCCCUCAUGGGGCUUGAGGGCAAGGACGCCUUUGCUGUCCUCGACGUCCUGCGCAUUGCUGUCCUUCGCCCACGGCUGGCCCAACACCUACUCGCUGACAAGGACGAUGCCCGCCUGGCGUCGCUGUGGGCGCUGGCGCAGCCGGACUCUGCCGUCCGCCACGUCCGCAUCAUGGUAUUCCGCCUUGUCGCCAACGUGCUCUCGAUGCCCCGUGCCGGCGCAUACCUCCGCGCCACCAACGAACGUGCCACCGCCCUCGUCUCGCUCCUGCUGGCUCACACCACCGACGAGGUCGAGGCCGCCGUCCGCACCCCAGCCAUCGCCGCCGUCCACAACCUGGCCAUGAUUGCUGACACAGCCGAGCUCUCAGACACCUACCUCCAGCUCGUUGCCGGCCUCACCGAGCGCCUGCUCCACAUCGACCUUGCGCUCGUCACCGAUCUGCUUGACCUCUACCGCCUGGCCAAGGCGCUGGCACAUUUGGUCGUCGAGGCCCCACACGGCACCACCCUCGUCCAGCAGCUGGGCCUUCCCGCCUCGCCCUGGCUAGCUGCCGCACAGAACCCGCCAGGCGCCCCGCCACCGCCCGGUUCGCCCGCCGCUCUCAUCAGCGAGUUGGCCCGCGAGCUGGCCGCCAUCCUUGCCUAG